AUGAGUCCACAAUCUCUGAUGGUCUCAGAUACGUAUCCAAACAUUCUUCCCGACAUCUCUAUGCGAUCAGUCCUAAAACAUGAGGAUUUGGGCAAGUUGAUUAGGGAACAGCGGCUUCAACAAUCGGCGGCGAGCGACAGGGAAGAUGAACUCAACAUUUACCGGAGUGGGUCUGCGCCUCCGACAGUUGAAGGCUCUCUGAGCUCAAUCGGAGGGCUUUUGAGGAAGAAUGGGGCAGGUGGGUUUUUGAGUGAAGAGGAGUUGAGGUCUGAUCCAGCUUACGUUAAGUACUACUAUUCUAAUGCUAACGUGAAUCCAAGGCUGCCGCCUCCUCUGCUGUCAAAGGAGGACUGGAGAUUCGCUCAGAGGAUUCACGGUGGUACUCCGGCCAAUUCGGUGGUGGGUGAUAGAAGGAAAGUUGGUAGAGGCGGUGAUAAUGAAGGGAACAUGUCACUCUUUGCGAUGCAGCCAGGGUUUGGAGGAGGCAAGGAAGAGAACGGGAAUGGAAAUGGCGGUGGAGUUGAGUGGGGAGUAGAUGGCCUUAUUGGUUUGCCAGGGUUGGGCGUUGGAAGUAGGCAAAAGAGCAUUGCUGAGAUGAUUCAGGAUGACUUGGGUCACUCAAACCCUGUUUCAAGGCAUCCAUCACGUCCUGCUAGCCGUAACACAUUUGAUGAUGAUGUGGAAGCCUCUGAAUCACACUUCUCGCAACUUCAUGGCAUGACAUCUCUUGAUUCUUUGCUGUCUAGCCCCAACCAACAUGGCUUGCCAGCUGUAGGAUCUUCAUCUUCCCAGACUUAUGCUUCAGCUCUAGGUGCCUCCUUGUCACGAAGCACAACACCUGACCCCCAGCUGAUAGCCAGGGCCCCCAGUCCCCGCAUUCCACCUAUUGGAGGAGGCAGGGUCAAUUCUUUUGAUAAAAGAGAUAUGGGUGGUUCAAACUCAUUUAAUGGUGUCACGUCAAGCUUGGGCGAACCUGCUGACCUGGUAGCUGCUUUUUCUGGGCUGAAUAUGUCAAAUGGUAUGGCCACUGAGUUACAACGGCCGAGAUCACAGACCUCCCAACGCGAGAUUGGUGAUCACCAUGACUUCUUCAAUUUGCAUGGGGACCAAAAGCAUAGCAAGCAACAGUCGUAUCUGAACAAGCCCAUGGUAUCUGGUAACUCAUACCUUAAAGGACCAUCCACUCCACCUCUAAAUGGCAGGGGAAGCUCUCCUAAUCACCGAAGCAUGGAUAACUUGAACUCCCCUUUUGCAAGCUAUGGUGCAAGUGGGUAUCCUGGAAGUCCUUCGUCUCCAUCUAUGAUGGGAGGUCAGCUAGGUAAUGGGACAUUGCCACCUUUAUUUGAGAAUGCUGCUGCUUCUGCUAUGGGAGGACUUGGAUUAGAUUCCAGAGCAUUGGGUGCUUUAGGACCUAAUCUAUUGGCUGCUGCAGCAGAACUACAGAACCUUGGUAGAGUUGGGAAUCAGGGUGCUGGGAAUUCCCUUCAAAUGCCUCAUGUGGACCCGUUGUAUCUACAGUAUCUGAGAUCAAACGAGUAUGCUGCUGCACAGAUGGCUUCCCAGAGUGAAUCAACUAUGGACAGGGAGUACCUGGGUAAUUCAUAUAUGGAUCUGCUUCAAAAAGCUUAUCUCGGGGCUCUGCUUACUUCUCAAAAAUCACAAUAUGGUGCUCCAUAUCUUGGCAAAUCUGGUAGCUUGAAUCACAAUUACUAUGGAAAUCCAUCAUAUGGGCAUGGCAUGUCCUAUCCCGGAAGCCCACUAGGUGGAGGGCUUCUUCCAAACUCUCCAAUUGGGUCAGGCAGCCCUGGCAGACAUGGUGAUAGGUCUUUGCGUUUUCCAUCUGGAAUGAGGAAUCUGAGUGGAGGUGUUAUGGGAUCUUGGCAUUCAGAAGCUGGUGGUAACUUUAAUGAAGGUUUCCCAUCCUCUCUACUAGAUGAGUUCAAAAGCAACAAGACGAAGUGCUUUGAGCUCUCUGAAAUUGAUGGUCAUGUUGUUGAAUUCAGUGCUGAUCAGUAUGGGAGUCGAUUCAUCCAACAAAAACUUGAGACUGCUACAACAGAUGAAAGAGACAUGGUCUUCAAUGAGAUCAUGCCCCAAGCCCUUUCCUUAAUGACUGAUGUGUUUGGUAACUAUGUAAUUCAGAAGUUUUUUGAGCACGGAUCUGCUCCUCAAGUUAGAGAACUGGCUGAGCAGCUGACUGGUCACGUUCUGACCCUUAGCCUUCAAAUGUAUGGCUGUCGAGUGAUCCAAAAGGCUAUCGAAGUAGUUGAGCUGGAUCAGCAAACCCAAAUGGUGAAAGAGCUUGAUGGUCAUAUCAUGCGAUGUGUUCGUGAUCAGAAUGGCAAUCAUGUCAUCCAAAAGUGUAUUGAAUGUGUGCCUGAAGAUGCCAUACAGUUCAUUGUUACAACAUUUUAUGACCAAGUUGUUACACUAUCCACUCAUCCAUAUGGUUGCCGUGUGAUACAGAGAGUUCUGGAACAUUGUAAUGACCCAAAAACCCAACAAAUAAUGAUGGAUGAGGUCUUUCGAUCUGUUUGCAUGUUGGCGCAAGACCAGUAUGGGAAUUAUGUCGUUCAGCAUGUGCUGGAGCAUGGGAAGCCUGAUGAACGCUCAGCCAUUAUAAAGAAAUUGACUGGGCAAAUUGUUCAGAUGAGCCAGCAGAAGUUUGCUUCCAAUGUUAUAGAGAAGUGUUUGACAUUUGGGACACCUGCUGAGCGCCAGGCAUUGGUUGAUGAGAUGCUUGGCACCACUGAUGAAAAUGAGCCUCUUCAGGUUAUGAUGAAAGAUCAGUUUGCAAAUUACGUUGUACAGAAAGUGCUUGAAACUUGUGAUGACCAACAACUUGAGUCGAUCCUCAACCGAAUAAAGGUGCACUUGAAUGCUUUGAAGAAGUAUACUUAUGGGAAGCAUAUAGUGGCACGUGUAGAGAAGCUCGUUGCAGCUGGAGAGAAGCGUAUCAGCAUCCUUACUCUGCAACCUGCUGCUGCUUAG